AUGGCUAAUGCUACCUCUUUCAACAGCACAACCUUGAUUUUUGUAAAAAGUGACAUUAACGUGGAACCAUUACCAGCUGACCUUGAUGUUUCAAAUAUUGGAAGUUAUAUUAUCGACAAGAUAAAGAGUAUCUUUCGGCUAAACUAUUCUGAACCUCCAGCCACUAGUCAUGAAAUCAACUACACGGCCAUACACAACGCCACGAAAACCCAAACUGAAGUUGACACUACUUCUUACAGCACUAUAAAGCGAUACCCUCGUCACCCCAAAAAUGUUGAUAUUAACAAAACUGAAUUUGGAAACGUGUCUCUAGUUGAUUUUAGUACAACUGAACACCUUUUGAAUAUAACAACUGAACUAUCAACAAAAAUGGAAAUGUUAAACGCUACUACAAAACGUUGGAGUCGAGAACCUAAGAACAUGGAUAUUGACAAGCAAGUUCAGACUACGUCGAAUGACACUGUCAAUGACCUUGAUUCCAACUCUACUCUGAAGACAAAUGUGACGAAAGACUCUUCACCAAUUACUACGGUCAGCCCCAGUUCUGCCAGCCUUUCAUUAACUCUCAGUGUCGGGAUUGUAAUAGAACACCUUACAACAAUGGCUAACCUUAAAUGGAUGUUUCUCCUGCUCUUCACCAUUUCUACAGCAGCUACUUCUCCAAACAUUGAAGUUUCGUAUAAUAUGCGACACCUACAGCUUCCAAAAGAUACUAAACCUGGAACCAUUAUAUACCGUCUGAGAGGCUUUGAUGCCGAUAAUGACGUCUUAACGUUUACUGUUCGAGGAACUGGCGCCAGUGAGCUCCUCGACGUACAAUCUGUCAGCCCUACAGAAGCAGACGUCAUUCUCAGAAGUUCACCAACGAGAAAUCAAUACGAAUACACGAUAUUCAUUUCGGACGGAAGCAAGACUUCGCUUGCACCUUCAACCAUUGUCUUUACUGAAGCGACAAAAGUUCCUUCGCCUUUCCUAGAGUACGAAUCUAUAAUCACUGUAGCAGAAAAUACUCCUCUAAGUGAAGUGAUCGGCCACGUCGUAGUUAAAGAAAAGGAAAACAGUAACCUUCCCGUUUCCUUUGAAAUUCAGGGAUCUGAGAUAUUUGCCAUUAAGUACAUGUUUGGACCACGUGGAAGUAGUAAAGCAGAAAUAAGCAUUGUAGGAGACCUAGACUAUGAAAGAUCAGAUUUCGUCAGAUUUAAAGUCUUGGCUCUGGGCGAAGGUUUGGCUGUCAUUCAAGCUGUUGACGGAGAUACGACAUAUCAAAACAAUAUAACGUACAGCCUGGAAUCUGACUCGUCUUUAUCGUCAUUUUUCAUAAUCAAUUCGACCACUGGUAGAAUAGAGCUACUGAAAACUCUAGAUGAACUAAGAAGUCAGUAUGGCGACUGUAGCGCUCUCUUGUUUCUAGCGGUCAAGGCAAAAGAAUCAACAACUCUAAGUUCUUCAUCGGAAACAACAACAGAAAUUGCAUUGUUUUUGACGAACCCACACAAACAAACUCUGAACCCACCAACUGACAUAACCACCAGUUUUGAUGCUAGCAGUUUUCCUAACCAGUCUACCAGCAGCUCUCCAAACCAGUGUGUACCAACUGUUCCAAGUCAGUCUUCUGGUAAUGGUAUAAAUCACGCCCCUAGAUUCACUAAUCAGAACUAUGCCGGAACAGUUCAAGAGAGCAGUUUUCUUCAGACCCCAGUCCAAUGGAUGGGCGCUACUGUUCCUCAAGUAAUUGAUGACGACGAGGGUAAUAACGCCACGUUUCAACUUUAUUUGGAAGGGGGUGAUGAGACUUUUCAAGUUAUCCCCAGUUCUGGCAUUAAAACUGUGGACUUUAGACUUAUUGUUAGGAUUCCAGCUAACCUGGACUACGACAACAGAGAAGACAAGUAUAUAGACUUGGAGAUUGUAGCAAGAGAAACAAGAAGUGCUGAAAGAUAUUCAGCCAGAGCAAAGAUUAGGAUUACCAUUUUCGAUUCGAACGACAAUAUUCCUCAAUUUACGAAAAACGUAUUUGUGGCUAAGAUACCGGAAGAUGCUCCGCCUGGUACUUUUAUAGCUAAAAUACAGGCAACAGAUAGCGACACCGGCGACUAUGGUAGAAUUCGCUACACAGCCAUCAAUGGACCAAUCGCUCAGUUAAUGGAGUUAAACCCUGAAACUGGAGAAGUUGUUCUGACGUCAUCUAGUGGCCUAGACAGAGAAAAUGUGCCAGAGUAUACGCUAACUAUAGAAGCACGUGACGAUUUAGGACGAGGAAACAGAAAUGUGACUCGUCUUGUGCUUCGUCUACUUGACGUUAACGACAACAAGCCAGCGUUUACCCAGCCUCGCUUUGAUGCCAUUUUGAAUUCAGAACUUAGUGGCUUUGAUCGAAGAAUAUUUAUUACGGAUUAUCUUAAUCGAACAGUUUACUUUGUUAUUCCGCGACCAGUUGAUGACGUCACAACAAGAAAAGAUGACAUAGGAAGGUCUUUAAGUAAGUUGAUUGGAUCCAGAGUACUCAUUUAUUCUUUGGAACCUCUCGAAGGAGGUAAAAAAAAGACUCUAGCGAAAGCCUGGGUGUCCUUCCCCCAAAACUCUACUGUCAAUACUGAAGAUAUGCAGCUCGCUGUAAGUAACAUAUAUGGCCGUCAAUAUUCACAAGAAGAAGAAACAAAGGAGAAGGUGGUAAAAAAGAAAGAUUACGACAUUAUCUUCUGGCUGUUAAUCGCUUUGGUGAUCUUGAUCUUGUUAAUAUUGUUAAUCCUAUUGAUUUGUUGUUGUUGCUGGCGGUGGUGUUGUGUUUGCAGUAAAGGCGUUUGUUGUUGUACAGAGGACGAAGAAAAUAAGCAACGACCAUAUUCGUCUGGUAGAGUACAACCCGCAGAACGGGCAGUGAUAAUUAGAGAAAUCGGCUCAAAGGAAGCAAGUUGGAAGGAAAGAGAGAAAGAAACUUUCGAGAAGAAUGGGAUGAAGAAGGAUAACGUACACGUGGGGUCUUGGAAGGAAGUAGAUAAUGAAAACAAAACCAAUAAAGAAAUGAAUAACAUAAAUUCUGAAUUAUCUCAGUUUUCUAAACACGAGACAAAUACUGAGAACGAAGUAAGCGUAACUGAAACUCAAUCUUUUCAGAUCAAAAACAACGAAAAUGAUUCUGAGGUCUCGACACUUUCUUCUAAACAAACUGAUGAACAACAACAUGCAUACAAAGAAACCGAACAAAACACUGAAAUACGGUCUAAAGACAAACAUGGUUCGAUUCAAUAUUCAAACACCUUUAACCAGAAUCAGAAUACCCAUCCUCGGCGAGACUCCCUCGUUCCUGUCGGACAAGAUAAUGUCAGCCAACAGCUCAGUUUCUCCCGCUACCAUAACACAGGAAGCGCUUACCCAAACAAGAGAAACAUAACAUCUGGUCAGUCUGUCCUCAGGGGAAACUUGACCUUACCUGAAAACAAAACCCCAAUUAUCAGUCAAGUCCUGCAAGAGAAAAUCAACACGGUGGAAUAUGAAGAAUACUGGGAACAAAAAUAUGGAAAAAAACAAGAAGAUGAAAUUCAAAAUGUAAAACCUGAUAUGAAAUCGACCCAAGCAGAAAGUCACGAGCAUGUAACCGUUUCACCAAAUGAAGACCAGAAAGAAGAUGUAAUUUCUUCCCUACCAGAAGGAGAGAGGCACAAAACGGACAACGGUGGAUCUUCUUCAGAAAACGUAGGAACUCAAAAUAAUAAAGAACGUGUUAUUAUUAACGAGCCCAACACUGACAGUCGUAAUGAUAAAAAUGAAAAUAUAAUGAACAACGAUCCUUCUAGUCAGUUUGAAAAUGGAAAUUCACAGUGUUCAGAACAUCCGGAGAGUUUACACAACGAACAGUCAUCUCACGAAAACGACAGUUCUGUCCACGAAACACAAGUAAUACCGAAAACCUACAUUAGUAGCAAAACUACAACUGGGAAUGAUUCAACUUCUUCAAACGACCAAUCUAGUGAUUCUGUACUUCCUGAAGCCUCGACCUCAGCAGCUAACAGCAGAGAUUCUACCAACGCAAAGAGGAAAUCCACAACAUCCAAUGGUCAAAAAACUACAGAUGAUAAUAAAGCUGAAGAGGCUAAGAAGGAGAAAUCUGAGGAAAUUUCAUCACUAGCCAGUCAAACAGAUAAUGAUUCUAAGUCAAAUCGGUCUUCAGCAGGUGGCGCUGAACGUCACAUAAAGACCUAUUCACCAGUCAAAAGUGAUGUUCAAAUAGUCGAUAAACCUUUAAAAGUGAAGAAGGUUCCUCGCUAUAUGGAAUGGUAUAGCAAGGAAAAAGAUGAAAGUUCGGUCAAGAAAAAAUCUAAUUAAGAUUUUACUUUAAACCACUAAGCGACAUUCGGAUUCACAAAGUUUUACAAAAACGUAUCUCUGUGAAGCACUUUAAUUAUUAUUUUUUUGUCUUGUAUUAUA